ACCUUGGAUCUCAUCUCAUCUCCCCCAGCUCCCUCCAUCGAGUUGGACGCGGUGCAGUUCUUGGCGAUAGGCAUGGACAGGUGCUCUGCAUUGUUAUUGUCCUCUUCGAUCGCCGCGGCCGCCUGAGGAGCCGGCGCGGACGGGGUAGAAGAUGAAGGGGAACGUCGCGGCGGCGGUGCCUCGGCUGGUGGCUCACCGGGAGGUCGAGAUGUUCUCGCACUACGUCGCUAAUCAAAUCGGGAUCGAGGAUCCGAACCAGUGCCCCCACCUUUGUACAAUGGCCUACGAGUACCUGAAGAAGAGCGAGGGCUACGAGCAGAAUCUGCUCGCCUUCUUUCACAACAACAUGGACCCGGACGCCCUGCUCGUGAAGCUGAUCGAGGAGCUGGACAGAUGCAUACUCGGCUACUUCUCCUUCCACUGGAAAUGGGCAACCCACGUGAUCACGCAGGUUCUGACAGCAGAGCAACCUAAACGCAAGCUCAGGAGCUUGGUGUUUGAGGCCACCAGGAAGAUGAGGUUCGAGAGGGUGACGAGAGAGCUGAAGGUGACGAGGCUCUUCUCGACUCUGAUGGAGGAGCUCAAGGUGGUCGGGAUAAGCUGCCACGAGAACCAGCCGCGCUACCCCCCGGCGGAGGUGAUGGUCCCGGCGGCGCAAGGCGACCGCAGCCCGGUGCUGCUCCUGAUGGGCGGCGGCAUGGGCGCCGGCAAGAGCACCGUGAUCAAAGAGAUCGUGAAGGAGAUGUUCUGGUCGGGCGCGGCGGCGAACGCGGUGGUGGUGGAGGCCGACGCGUUCAAGGAGUCGGACGUCAUCUACCAGGCCAUCAACUCCCGCGGCCACCACAACGACAUGCUGCAGACCGCCGAGCUGGUGCACCAGUCGUCGACGGACGCGGCGGCGUCGGUGCUGGUGACGGCGCUGAACGAGGGGCGGGACGUGAUCAUGGACGGCACGCUGUCGUGGGAGCCGUUCGUGCUGCAGACCGUGGCCAUGGCGCGGGAGGUGCACCAGCAGCGGUACCGCAUGGGGGCCGGGUACAAGGUGGCCGCCGACGGGACCACCACCGAGCAGUACUGGGAGGCCGUGGAGGACGAGGAGGGCAUCGGGCCCAACUGCAGAAUGAAGCCCUACCGCAUCGAGCUCGUCGGUGUGAUCUGCGACGCCUACCUCGCCGUCAUCAGAGGGAUCAGGCGAGCCAUCAUAUGCGGGAGGGCGGUGCGGGUGACCUCGCAGCUGAGGUCCCACAAGCGGUUCGCCUCCGCCUUCCGGAGGUACUGCGAGCUCGUCGACAACGCCAGGCUCUACAGCACCAACGCCGUCGGCGGCCCAAAGCUGAUAGCGUGGAAGGACGGGGGCAGCAGGCUGCUGGUGGACGUGGAGGACAUCCAGCUGCUGGACCGGGUGAGCAGGAUCAACGAGGAGGCCAAUUGCGUCCACGAGCUGUACCAGAACGGGCACCCCACGGGCGGCGCGGGGUCGUCGGUGUGGGAGGACCUGGUGACGUCGCCGGAGAGGGCGUCCAUCCAGCGGGAGCUCAAGGCGGCGAUCCUCGAGAGCGAGGCCUGCUUCCCGUCCCCGUAGGCCGUAGCCACGCGCGCUGCUGGCCGCACUUCUUUCUUCUCAGUUUUCCAAUAGGAGAAUAGGCUUCUGGGUUCUGGUCUCUGCACUGCAUCCAAUCAAUGCAAUGCACGCACCCAUUCCGUACGUACUGUUUGGUCAUCAUAUAUUUUUCUCCGAGAGUUUUGUUUUGGUAAACUUUGUGAGCUAGUUGUAAACUUGUAAUUAGGUUGGUUAAUCCCUUGUCAGGCAAAUUAUUAUGGAAUAAGAGAUGGA